GCAAAUUUGGUCAGAAAGAUGUCUUUGUCAAGUCGAGUGCUGGUGUUUGCGUUGACAAUGACGCUAUACAUUGUGGAAAUGGCCUCGGCUGAAACACUGUGUGGCGGAGAGUUAGUGGACGCGCUUCAGUUCGUCUGUGGAGACAGAGGAUUCCAUUUCAAUAGACCUGGUAGAUCCGACAAUCGACGCUCUCAGAACCGAGGGAUUGUGGAGGAGUGCUGCUUCAGCCUCAACGUCUUGGAGCAGUACUGUGCCAAACCCGCCAAGUCCGAGAGAGACGUGUCAGUCCACUCUCUACAGGUCAUACCCGUUCUCAAACAGGAAGUACCCAGGAAACAGCACGUUACCUCCAACUACAAGUAUAUCCACUGGCAACGGAAGGCGGCCCAGCGCCUUCGGAGGAUCGUCCCCUCCAUACUGCGGACCAGGAAGUUCCGGUGGCAGGCAGACCAACGGAAAGCUAAUGAGGAGUUCAUGCUCCACGCACCCAUGAUGGCGCUGUCAAACAUGAUGAUAUUCUCCGGCAAGAACAACAGCAAUUAUGCUACUGUCAAGCUAUCUAAGCAGCAAAGCUGUUACUACACUGUGAGGGUUUUCAACAAUGAAUGCAUUGACACAUCACUUUACAGUAGCCAAAGUAAAGAUUUCAACCGUCCCACUGAUGAGAAGACUACGAUCGAUGAUAUGGUGGAGAGGAUCAAGAAAGGGGUGUCUUUUGUGUUACCUAGGAUAACCGUGAGUCGUGUCAAAAUGAUGGCUCCUGAGCUGAACGAAACUGAUUUCAGCUUACUACUGUCAAAACUUAGGAAUGACAACAUCAAGGUGACUGGAGAAGAAGAAUAUUUAUCUUCCGUAUCUUCUUCCAUGGCGUCAGAAACGAGUACCCGUGUUUCUACUGACCAUCAGGGUGGUGUGAAACGAACUACAGAAGACGUAACAGGUAGCCCUGAUAAAAAGAACCUCAAAGCUGAUGACCAACUGAGCAUAUUUGACAGCUACUUUGAGUCAGAUUGA